UUCCGCUCCAGAUCAUCUUUCGUGCACUUUUGUUCGAGCAAAUUAAUUUGUUCCACUAAUUAAUUCUUCCCGAAUUAGUUGCGAACGGAUUGAAACCUCGACACAGUGCGUCCUUCACCACUUUCAAGAAGUAAAACAUCAUUUCAAUCUUCGUGUGCGGAUAAACUCGUCUUGGUGGUGCACGUCGAAGCUUCUCGGCCCAGUUAGCUUAGCUUAGCUCGCUAGCCGCUAACAAAGUGACGCGUUUGUCAGCAACGCAUCGCAAAUUCGAGAUCGCCUGUGAUGAUCGUGUGCAAAAUCUGUGCGAGAACGACAGCAAAGUACGAGAAGGAACUUUCUGGAACGAAAGAGGAGGACGAGCCACGACGUCAACUUGUGGACGCUGUUCGCAUGCAGCCUCGUGUUGUGUUACACGCAGCAGUGUUGCGAUCGGCGUGUGAAAAUGUGUGCAAGAAGGACAGCAGAGUACGAGGAGGAACUUUGGGGCCCAAAAGAGGAGAAGGAGCCACAACGUCAACUGCUGGACGCUGCGUUCAAUCUGCAGCCUCGAAUUGUGCUACGCAGAGCAGACGUCAGUGAAUAUCUUCUUCCUGAGCGGCAGCAGUCAGUGUCCCCUCACAUCAAAGAGGAAGAGGACGAGGAAGAGUUCCUUCACAUGAAAGAGGAAGAGCAGGAGAAAAUCAUCAAGGUUCCAUCGACUGGUGUCCCUUUGAAGAGUGAAGAUGAAGGUCGAAGUGAGGAGAGACGAGGGGCGGAGCCACCAAACAGCAACAGCUCAAGUAAUGGAGACCUCUGUGGAGGAUCACAAACAGACGGUGAUGAUGAUGAUGAUGAUGUUGAUGAACAGUUGGAAGGUGAUAUGACAUGUCACACUGCCAGUAAAUGCUGGAAAUGUUCUAAAUGUAGGAAAACCUUUGCUUCGAAGAGCAAUUUCAAACAACACAUGAAAAUACACACUGGAGAGAAACCUUUUGCAUGCUCAGUUUGUGGUCAAACCUUCUCUCAGAAGGGACACUUAAAAAUACACACAAGAACGCACACCAGAGAGAAGCCUUUUGCAUGCUCAGUUUGUGGUCAAAGAUUCUCCCAAAAUGAAAGCUUAAAAAUACACACAAGAACCCACACUGGAGAGAAGCCUUUUGCAUGCUCAGUUUGUGGUCAAAGAUUCUCUGUGAAGAGAUACGUAACAAUACACACAAGAACACACGCCGGUGAGAAACCUUUUGCAUGCUCAGUUUGUGGUGAAACUUUUUCUCAGAAGGGAACCUUAAAAAGUCACACAAAAACGCACACCACAGAGAAGCGUUUUGGCUGCUCAGUUUGUGGUCAAAGGUUCACUCACAAGGGACAUUUGACACGUCACGCAAGAACACACACUGGAGAGAAGCCUUUUGCAUGCCCAGUUUGUGGUCAAAGAUUCUCCCAAAAGGGAAACUUAAAAAUACACACAAGAACACACACUGGUGAGAAACCUUUUGCAUGCUCAGUUUGUGGUCAAAGAUUCUCCCUAAAGGAAAACUUAAAUAGACACACGAGAACCCACACUGGUGAGAAACCUUUUGCAUGCUCAGUUUGUGGUCAAACCUUCUCUCAGAAGGGACACUUAAAAAUACACACAAGAACGCACACCAGAGAGAAGCCUUUUGCAUGCUCAGUUUGUGGUCAAAGAUUCUCCCAAAAUGAAAGCUUAAAAAUACACACAAGAACCCACACUGGAGAGAAGCCUUUUGCAUGCUCAGUUUGUGGUCAAAGAUUCUCUGUGAAGAGAUACUUAACAAUACACACAAGAACACACGCCGGUGAGAAACCUUUUGCAUGCUCAGUUUGUGGUGAAACUUUUUCUCAGAAGGGAACCUUAAAAAGUCACACAAAAACGCACACCACAGAGAAGCGUUUUGGCUGCUCAGUUUGUGGUCAAAGGUUCACUCACAAGGGACAUUUGACACGUCACGCAAGAACACACACUGGAGAGAAGCCUUUUGCAUGCCCAGUUUGUGGUCAAAGAUUCUCCCAAAAGGGAAACUUAAAAAUACACACAAGAACACACACUAGUGAGAAACCUUUUGCAUGCUCAGUUUGUGGUCAAACCUUCACUCAGAAGGGAACCUUAAAAAUACACACAAGAACACACACUGGUGAGAAACCUUUUGCAUGCUCAGUUUGUGGUCAAACCUUCACUCAGAAGGGAACCUUAAAAAUACACACAAGAACACACACUGGUGAGAAACCUUUUGCAUGCUCAGUUUGUGGUCAAACCUUCACUCACAAGGAAAGCUUAAAAAUACACGCAAGAACACACACUGGAGAGAAGCCUUUUGCUUGCUCAGUUUGUGGUCAAAGAUUCUCCCUCAAGGGAACCUUAAAAACACACACAAGAACACACACUGGUGAGAAACCUUUUGUAUGCUCAGUUUGUGGUCAAAGAUUCUCUCGUAAGGCUUGGGUAAAGCCACACAAGUGUCCUGGUGAGACAAGCAGUGAUCAAGAAGCUUUUAAUGCAAAUGUAAAUGUUUAAUAUAAAAGUAAUGACUAUGUGACUGACAUAAAUCUACAUGCUUGUAUUCUGUGUACCAGCUUUUAUUGCAUGUAUCUUCUUCUUGUCCAUAUAGUUUCUAAAAGCCCAGUGAGUGUUGAGAAUGAACGCUGUUGCCAAAAUACUUAAGUUAAAGGUGGUGGGAAAGAGGAUGGCUGUGGAUCAGUAGAGCGGGUCGUCCAGUGACCGAAGGGUCGCCGGUUCGAACCCCGGCUCCGAUUGUCCGUAUGUCGAAGUGUCCUUGGGCAAGACACCGAACCCCAAUUUGCUCCCAGUGAGCCUGGCAGCGCCUUGCACGGCAGCAACCGCCCAGUGGUCUCUGAAUAUGUGUGUGAAUGGGUGAAUGUGAGGCUUAAUAGAGCGCUUUGGGCACUGUGAUCGUGAAGAUGAAGCGUUACAUAAGUGCAGUCCAUUUGCCAUUUAGCAAAGGUGAGAACAUGGACACUUUUUCCAUGGUGCUGGACUUAUAAAUGUCUACAGGAAAAAAAGCCCUCCAAAAUGAACUCGGUCGUCCAUCCAUCCAUCCAUCUUCUACCGCUUAUCCGAGGUUGGGUCGCGGGCACAGUAGCUUUAGCAGGGACGCCCAGACUUCCCUUUCCCCAGCCACUUCAUCCAUCUCUUCUGGGGGGAUCCCGAGACGUUCCCAGGCCAGCCGUAGGAUGUAGUCUCUCCAGCGUGUCCUGGGUCGUCCCCGGGGUCUCCUCCCGGUGUGACGUGCCCGGAACACCUCACCGGGGAGGCGUCCGGGAGGCAUCCGAAUCAGAUGCCCCAGCCACCUCAUCUGGCUCCUCUCGAUGUGGAGGAGCAGCGGCUCUCCUCUGAGAUCCUCCCGGAUGACCGAGCUUCUCACCCUAUCUCUAAGGGAGAGCCCGGACACCCUGCGGAGGAAACUCAUUUCGGCCGCUUAUA